AUGGCAAGCUUCGCAGCAGUCAUCAAGGAUUUGGCGCAGACCGAGGCCGAUCUCAAGAUCAAGGGCGACAAGCUGCAGAGCGUCAUCAUGACCACAAACGGCGCCACCGACCAGCCGGAGCAGCCGGCCGGGAAAGUGCUUGCAGCGCUGAACGCCUACGAGGACGCGCUGCAGGAGAAGGUGUAUGUCGAAAACGAGAUCGAGGGAAUGACCGCGCGCGAGAUCUGCCUCGGCACGCAGUCCAUGCUCGAGCAGUCGCAGAAGGCUCUCGACGACGCAGCCGCUGAGAACGCGGCGCUGCGCGACCUCGUCACGCGCCUCCAAGACACGGUCGCCAAGAAGACGCUCUACAAGGCCGGCCUCGACCACAACGACAUGCAGGAGCGCGCCUCCGACCUCAACUACAGGCUGAGGCAAAAGGCCCUCACCGUUGCUGCCGCUGGUUCCUGGGAACAAGACCUCGUCGAGCGCAUUGGCGAGCUCGAGGAAGAUCUCGCGAACAUGUCGCAAGAACUCGCAACGACCAAGGACGAGCUCGCUGUGCAGCGCACGCUCACCGACAUGCUGCAGGACAGGGUCGACAUAUACGAGCGUGACUCGGACUUGGACUCGGAGUCUGGCGAGGAAGCCCUCGAGGAGGCUGCUGUUGUCGUUGCUGAGAACAUUGAGAGCUCUCCCUCGUCGUUUACUACUGGCCACCGCUCCCCGAAGAGAUCUACUCAGAGCGCCGUGGAAUUUGACAUGUCGCCUGCGGCCAAGCGGCAGAGAUUCUCAGUGUCGUUGUCGGAGGAGGAGGAGGAGAAUUUCAAGACCGCUCCGGACUCCAAGGACUUUUGGAGAACGCUAUUUGAGGAGGGAAUGGAGGCGAAAAGGCUGUGCUAG